GCUUCGGCCUCAGCCGCGCGCCCGGCUCUGCCGUGGCCUUCCCAGCCCGCGGGCAGCCGAGCCGCCAGCGACGCCCGCCGAGCUCCGGGAGCCCAGGCGGGGGCCAUGCCGUGCCGGAGGGAGGAGGAAGAGGAAGCCGGCGAGGAAGCGGAGGGGGAGGAGGACAGCGACAGCUUCCUCCUGCUGCAGGAGUCGGUGACGCUGGGCGGCUCGGGCGAGGUGGACCGGCUGGUGGCCCAGAUCGGCGAGACGCUGCAGCUGGACGCGGCGCAGGACAGCCCGGCCUCCCCGCACGCGCCCCCGGGGCCGCCGCUGCAGCCCCCGCGGCCCCCGGCGGCGGUGCCGGCGGACAAGGCCCGGUCCCCGGCCGUGCCCCUGCUGCUGCCACCCGCGUCGGCCGAGGCGGUGGGCCCGGCGCCCCCGGGGGCCGUACGCUGCGCCCUCGGGGACCGUGGCCGUGUGCGGGGCCGGGCUGCGCCCUACUGCGUGGCCGAGCUCGCCGCUGGCUCCAGCGCGCUGCCCGGGCCGUGCCGGCGAGGAUGGCUCCGGGGCGCCGUCGCCUCCCGGCGUCUGCAGCAACGACGAUGGACCCAAGCUGGGGCACGCGCGGGCGACGACGACCCGCACCGGCUUCUGCAGCAGCUGGUGCUCUCGGGAAACCUCAUCAAGGAGGCCGUGCGGAGGCUCCAGCGAGCCUCGCUGCGGUUGCAGCCACGGGCCCCGCGGACGCCCCUGGGCCUGGUGGCGGCCGCAGUGGACCAGACCCCGUCGCCCUGCAGCCUUCGGGCACCUUGCUCUGACCCGGGCCUCCCGAAGGAGGAAGAGGUGACCGCUGCGCAGACCCAGCCGCGUCCCGCCCCAUCAUCAACCCUGACCUGAAGCCGCCGUCGCCAUCCUGGGAGCGACCGCCUAGGCUGCGGGGAGGCGCGUGGGGAGAAACCUCAUGCCGAGAAGUUACCCGCCUCGGCGAGGCUGUCGGAGAAAACGGAAGCGUGGAGAAAUGCACGGGCGGGGCGCGUCCGUGCCGCGGGGGCAUGUCCCUGGCCGUCCAGGGCCAAAGACUUGGGAUACAUUGGGAGAACUAUGGCAGCUACUUGCACCGACUUGUACCUGACUUAGCCCUUGGGGGCGGUGUGUGCUUGGAUUGUUUAAAGAUAGGGCUCGGAGGGUAGGAAUCGCGAGGGCUUUAUGACAAUACUUGAAAACUAAUGACAUGCGUACAUUUUCUCGUUGUUUUCCGGUGGAGGAGCUUAGUGAAAGUGGUGCUACAAUUGCUGUGCGAAGAAAUUCCGGAGGGGAGAAGACUGUAAAAGCUUGGCGGUGGGUGGGUUGCCAUCGCUCCCUCCCUCCCAACUAAUCGGUGGCUGGUGGAGGUGGGAGAUAUGAACUCCAGUUAGGGGACCAGAGGAAGGUGGAGAGUUGGAUUUGGAUGUGGACUUGUAAAUGACUUGACCUUGCCACUUGUGAUUCAAGGUCACGGUUUGCUGUAAGUGGAAGGCUGUGGGGCUCCUGGGAAAGCUCGCUCACCCUGGGUGUGUUUUCUUCCGCUCCGAGAAGAGCCCUGUCUGUGCUUUGCUACUGCUUGGAGUCUCCCGAGGACACACACAGGCAGAGAGGGAAGGGUGCGGAGUGUGUUUGCUUUUUCUGUGCUUUCCUCUUUCCAGAACUUUUCCUCCUCCUCCUGUAAGGCCACUCUUGGCCAUGCCACGAGCUUUCUCAGAAACAGUCAUAAAUCUCUUGAAUCUUUUUCCUGUCCUCCCAACCGGGCUUUCUUAUUUCACCCUUUCUGGUGUCUGCCACACUUGCUGGUAUCUGUAGGGAUGGAUGAGAGUCCUGAACGUUUUUCUCCUCUGUUCUGGCCCUCCCUGGUGCCGUGGGCAUGAGCCUUCGUGGGUCCUCACCCGCAGUUUUCCUUCUGCCAUGCCAGCUGUUUGUGAGUGACUGAAACUUUCUAAAAUGUGACUCUCCCAGAGGAGAAACUGCUGGCUUUAGCCCUGUGAAACUUGACGGCGCUUGUGUAAGGUGCCACCCCCAAACUUUAAGGUAGCUAAACCAAUUUUUAAAAAAUUCAAUGGCUUGUUCAUCCUCCAGAUGUAGCUAUUGAUGUACACUUCGCACCGGAGUGUCUGAAAUCGUGGUGGUCCUGAUUUAUAGGAUUUCUUAAUUAAAAUGUCUGCUGAAUAAA